CUCCCUUCCCUUUUUUUAUGAAGGAUGGAUGUGGCCAGAUCGACGAAGUGAGGGAAACAGAUUGUACGCAGUUUAGGUAGGAUAGCAGUCAUUCUUUGAAGAGAAAAAUAUCUAAAACACCUGUAAAUUAAAUCAAUCUACCAGGAUGGGGUCAUUGUUCAGGAGUGAGGAGAUGACCCUUGCUCAGCUGUUCCUCCAAUCAGAGGCAGCCUAUGCAUGUGUGGCAGAGCUUGGAGAACUAGGAUUGGUGCAAUUUAGAGAUCUUAAUCCUGAUGUUAAUGCAUUCCAAAGGAAAUUCGUCAAUGAAGUAAGACGUUGUGAUGAAAUGGAAAGGAAACUUAGGUUCCUUGAGAAGGAGAUCCAGCGGGCUAAUAUACCAAUCGUCACCCCUCCCACCAUUCCAGACUCUCCUAUUCCAAGAGAAAUGAUCGAUCUUGAGGCGUGCUUUGAGAAACUGGAGAACGAAAUGAAGGAAGUGAACACGAACCAGGAGGCGCUGAAGCGCAACUUCCUUGAGUUGACAGAACUGAAACACAUUCUCCGCAAGACUCAACAUUUUUUUGAUGAGAACAACUUUGACCAAGCUAUGUUCGAUAUCAUAUCCACUCAUAAUUAUAUGAUGCACGAUGCUGACAAGGACGAAGAGAAUCACCUGCUCCUAGGCGACGACGAGCAUCGACAAGGGGUCCCGAUGAGGCUAGGUUUUCUUGCUGGCGUCAUCAACCGUGAACGCAUACCAGCCUUUGAGCAGAUGCUUUGGAGAGUGUGUCAUGGCAACGUGUUCCUCCGUCAGGCAGUCAUUGAUGCUCCCCUGGAAGAUCCGACAACGGGUGACCAAGUGCACAAAAAUGUGUUCAUCAUAUUUUUUCAAGGCGAACAGUUAAAGAGCAGAGUGAAGAAGAUCUGUGAAGGAUUCCGAGCAAGUCUGUACCCAUGUCCAGAGAUGCAAAGUGAACGCAGAGAAAUGGCAAUGGGUGUGAUGACAAGGAUCGAAGAUCUAAACACAGUUCUUGGACAAACCGAAGAGCACCGUCAGCGAGUGCUCCACUCGGCUGCCAGCAACAUUCGCCUGUGGUUCAUUAAAGUACGCAAACUGAAGGCCGUCUACCACACCCUCAACCUGUUCAACCUUGAUGUCACGCAAAAGUGUCUGAUUGGUGAGUGCUGGUGCCCAGUGUCAGAUCUGGAACAGAUACAAGCGGCUUUGAGACGUGGCACUGAGAAAAGUGGCUCUAGUGUGCCGUCGAUUCUGAACAAGAUGAUCUCGACAGAACAACCACCCACCUACAACAACACCAAUAAAUUCACCAGUGUAUUCCAGGGCAUAGUUGAUGCUUAUGGAGUCGCAAGCUAUAGAGAAGUUAACCCAGCUCCGUAUGCCAUCAUCACAUUCCCCUUCCUCUUUGGUGUCAUGUUCGGGGACUUGGGUCACGGAUUCAUCAUGUUUCUGAUUGGCUUGUGGUUGGUGGUGAAUGAACGCAAGCUGCAGGAAACCAUGGGUAACGAUGAGGUAUUUGGUAUAUUUCUCGGAGGUCGAUACAUCAUCUUAUUGAUGGGUGCUUUUGCAAUGUAUGUUGGUUUCAUAUACAAUGAUGUAUUUUCCCGAGCGUUAAACGUGUUCGGAUCCACUUGGAAUGUAUCUGCCAUGAAUUUUAGUGAAGAAUUAUUGCAUGGAGAGGGAAGCUAUAUUUUGAAUCCAAAUGUGACUGUAGUUCCGUACCCAUAUGGAAUAGAUCCCAUUUGGCAACUAGCUGGAAACAAGAUUGGCUUCCUAAAUUCGUACAAAAUGAAGAUGUCUGUGAUAAUUGGUGUCACUCAGAUGGUUUUUGGUGUCAUCCUCGGUAUAUUUAACCACAUUUACUUCAAGAGGUUCGUGAACAUUUGGUGUGAAUUCAUCCCUCAGCUCAUUUUCCUUACGUUCAUCUUUGGUUACAUGUGUUUCCUGAUCAUCUUCAAGUGGUUUAGGUACAGCGGUGCUGACUCUGAUCAGGCUCCCAGUCUCAUCAUUACUAUGAUUAACAUGUUCCUGUUCACAGAGGGCGAUAUGAUGUUCAAGGGACAGUUUGGAUUUCAAGUAUUCCUCCUUUUGAUUGCUGUUGCAGCUGUUCCUUGGAUGUUGCUAGCCAAACCCAUCAUAUCAUAUCGGGAACAUAAUUCACUUCAGGGGAAGGUGAAAAAAUACCAAGGAGCACGGAUGACCAAAUCACAGCAACUUGGAGAUGACACUGCAGAGAUAAUUCACCAUGAUGAUCUAGAUGAAUCUGAGUCAACCAGCUCAGAAGAUUCUCAACAAGAGGAAUUUGAAUUUGGAGAAACUUUGAUCUAUUCUGGAAUUCACACCAUUGAAUACUGUCUAGGCUGCAUCUCCCACACUGCUUCUUACCUGCGUCUAUGGGCUCUCAGCCUUGCUCAUGCUGAAUUGUCUGAGGUACUGUGGACAAUGGUGUUGAGAUUAGGUCUUUCAAUGGAGGGUUGGAUAGGCUGUAUAGCUAUCUACUUGCUGUUUGCAUUCUGGGCAGUUCUUACUGUUGCCAUCCUCAUCUUCAUGGAAGGCUUGUCUGCAUUCUUGCACACCCUACGUCUUCACUGGGUGGAGUUCCAGAGCAAGUUUUACAAAGGUGAGGGUCAUCCAUUCCGACCUUUCUCCUUUGAACCUCUGUUAGAUGAUAAAGAAGAGGCUUAAGAUGAGUUGCCAUUUAAUAAUUGUUGUAUAUUUGGUGAUAAACAACUUUCAUGUUCAGGUGUCUAUAACCUUGGUUAACAGGUGAAGAAUUAGGUAAAAAUUAAAGGAAAAUAAAAAAAAACUCAAUUGUCUGCUACCCCAUCACAUUGACAAAAAAAACACAGCCUCAUUCUCCAUUCCUCAGGAUAACAAAAUUGUUGCACACUCUGUGCAUGACAGAUUCUGUAUCCAUUGACCAGGAAAGAGAAAAAAAUGCACUUUGUAAAGUGGAAUACUUUUAAAAACAUAAGUAAUAGAUUGUAUGUUGUAUGUUUCAAAUAAUUAUGUUCUCCCUAAUGAUAAUGUACUUUUCAGAAGUUUAUGUGAAAGAAAAAUAAAAUGUUUUAAAUUGCAAAGAAUAGUAUAAUUACAGAGUAUAUCAUAUUAAGGGUCAGAGUUGAAAAAUUGCAAGGUUUUGUUCAAAUCUAUAUAUAAUUGGUGGUGUAAGUGAUGGAAUAAAUAAAUAUUAUGGGAUAAUAAUAAUAAUAAUAAUAAUAGUAAUAAUAAUAAUAAUAAUAAUAAUUUAUUAGGAACUACACUUUUCAAUCAGUGGCACACUUCUCAAUAGAAGGUGCGUCCAAAACAAUAUAUACAGUAAAGUUCACAAAAAAAGACUUAUGCUAAGAAAAAGACAAUUCAAAUUUUCAAAAGGGACAUUAAGGAAAAGUAAAAAAAAAAAAAAAAAAACUGUUCAGUCAGGAUAACAGUUACAGCAUGAAUACAGAUGUACUGUGCAUAUGUGUGUAUAUAUAUAAUAUAUGCUUCACUUCAGAAACCAUAUGUUAGGCUUUUUGGUUAAAGUAACCUGUCCGAUGUGUUUCUUGGGUCUUAUUGUAUUGUAAGGUGUGUGUUAUUUGUUAUUUAUAUCAGAUCUGAUAAGUUAUCAAAUCAAUUAUAAAAUUGUUUUUUAAUGAGUAAAUAAUGUAAAUAUCUAUCAUUUUGUGAUGAUAAAUUAUAAUUUAUUGUUUUUUUUUUCAUGCUUUCAAACAUAAAGUUGUGCAGUUCAGAAUUCAACACAACUGUGUGCUCCAUUCAAUAUGGAUUUCAAUGGUAUUUAAAAUGUUAUAUUCACACUGCAUUUGAAAUGUUUAAAGCAAAAAAAAAAAUUAUCUCAUUCAAGUAGUUAAAACAUCCAUCAUAUCACCUUUAGCACUCCAUCACUGAAUCAUUGAGUCAUUCCCCAGCAGACCCCUCCCCAUUUCAAGACUCCUUGAUACGCCGCUGAUAGCUAAUAAGUUGACUAGUGUUGAUAACAUUGCGAGCGCUUUGACACACAUCAACUGAUUGUUAAAGGUGCUAUAUAAAUACAGAAAAUAAUUAUUCUUAAUUAUGUUAAUUUUUAUUAAUGUCAGUAUGAAAAUGGAAGCAUAAUUUGCAACUGUACCCAAUAUCAUUCAUUUUCACUUAUAUGAUAUUGAUUUUUAUAACACGAAACAAGGUGUUGAUAUAGAUAAAUAAUUUAUUGUAGUGAUGUAAUUUACAUGAAAAAUUGGUGUAAAGAAUAUAUCUAUAUAUUUAG